GAGAGAGAGAGAGAGAGAGAGAGAGAGAGAGAGAGGGAUGUCAGCACAGGGGUGUGCCCUCCGUAAUAUUUUAAAGAGAGAUCUUCAAGGAAGUGUGUGUGUGAAACGGAGCAGAGAGCGAGGGACAAGUGAGUGCACGGCAUCGUGGGGACUGUGGUUUUUUGAGCUUCUAGAUGUGGAACUUCCACAAGUGACCACCUGCCUCAGGAGUCAAGGGUCCAGGCAGCAUCCGUCCUCAUCCUCUCCUUCCCUGUGCCCCCCCCCUCCAGAGUAAACAUGGCAGGCUUCAGCUACAAGGACGUGGCCUUGAGGACCCAGAAGAAGCUCCUGAGCAACGUGGCGUCCAAGUCUGUGGUGCAGCUCUUCAUCGAUGACACAAGCAGCGAGAUCCUGGACCAGUUCUACCACGUCUCCAAGAUACACUCUGGAAACAAGGAAGAGGCCAAGAAGGUGGUCAAAGACCUGGUGAAGGUGGUGGUGAAGGUGGGGGUCCUGUUCCGUCAUCAGGCGUUCAGCCCGGAGGAGAUGGCUCUGGCUCUGGAGUUCAAGAAGAAGAUCCACCAUGGAGCCAUGACGGCUAUCAGCUUCCACGAGGUGGAGUUCACCUUCGACAUGGCCGUGAUGGAGGAACUUCUGAAUGGCUGUCGAGACCUCCUGCUGAGGCUGGUGGAGAAACACCUGACGGCCAAAUCCCACGGGCGCAUCCGCCACGUGUUCAGCCACUACGCGGACCCCGGCCUGCUCACGCACCUGUUCGACCCGCAGGGGGCGCUGUGGCCCUGCCUCGCCCGGAUCUGCACCGGACUCAACCUGUUGAUGGAGGAGGGGAAGCUAUGAAGGGGGGGGGGGGGGGGGG